UAAGAGGCAGCAGCGGAGGCAGCAGUGGGGACAGCGGCUGCGGCAGCACUCGUGCCAGCUCCAGCCACAGCUCACAGGGAGAUUCAGGCUCCCGUUCCUGCCCACUACCAUGGAUGUCUUCAAGAAGGGUUUCUCCAUCGCCAAGGAGGGCGUGGUGGGCGCUGUGGAGAAGACCAAGCAGGGGGUGACAGAGGCAGCUGAGAAGACCAAGGAGGGGGUCAUGUAUGUGGGAGCUAAGACCAAGGAAGGAGUCGUCCAGAGCGUGACCUCAGUGGCCGAGAAGACGAAGGAGCAGGCCAACGCCGUCAGCGAGGCAGUGGUCAACAGUGUCAACACUGUGGCCACCAAGACUGUGGAGGAGGCGGAGAACAUUGUGGUGACUGCUGGGGUUGUACGAAAGGAAGAGUUGGAGCAACCUGCCCCUCCACAGGAGCAUGAAGCAGCCCAAGUGGAAGAGGAAGUGGCUGUGGAGGUCAAGAGCAGGGGAGUCUGAAGGACUGUAAGUCAACCACGGAAGCCCCAAAGAACUUACCCCUCAUCCUUGGACCCCAGCCCCUCCUGGCACAAGGAGUGCCUGAGCCUGGAGUGUGAGCUUCGGAGCUCCCACUGCCCCUGCACCCAUACUUACUGCCCACAGGCCUGCCCAUCCAUGCUGUCACCACCUUCACCUAUACUUCUUCCUCACUGCCCCUUUCUGCCCCUCUAGUCCUUCUGACCCUACAAAUGCUGCUUGAAUUUAUUUAUUUAUUUAUUUUUUAUGAUUCCAAAUAAAACUCAAGUCCUUAAGCCUA